CACGUUACCUUGCCGGUUUGUGCAGCGGACAGUAAUUGCUAUCUGAAGACAAUUUAGGAGCAAAGACAGUGUUUGGUGUUUAAAUAAAGCUCCGGUGUGCUGGAGCAGCCGGUGGAUGUUGUGCCAUGGAGAUAAAGACAAGACUUCGAGCCAUACUGAUGUUAAUAUGGAUUUUUCAAGGUGACACCAAAAAUGUGGAGUUCCCGAGAGGAGAGAUGGAGGUGGUCAGGGGCCAGAUGGUGAUGUUGCACGCCUGGUACACCCCCCGCUCAGACAUUAACAAAAACUCUGUCAUGUGGCUCUUCAAGGGAAAAGAACCAAAGCAGGUGAUAAACUUCAGCGCGGGCGAGAUUGGGCACGGUUUGAACGAGUUCACCAAAAGAGUGGGCUUCAGUGCAGCCAUGCCCUCAGCCAACCUCUCCAUCUACAUCAACAACACCCAGGAGUCUGACUCCGGGUACUACGUCUGCUCUGUCAUCAUACCUGGAAGUAUUGGCAUUUUGGGAGAGGUGCGCCUUAAUGUCAAAGUCCCUCCUUCUCCCCCAGUGUGCAGCAUGAUGGGGAACCCAGUGAUGAAAGGCAACGUGACUCUGAGCUGUCAGUCCAGUUAUGGAAAACCCCUCCCUCAGUACAAAUGGACCAAAGCUGCACCCAUGUCUGAGGUCUUCUUCUCCCCGAUGCAGAAUGAGAGACACGGCACUCUCAGACUCAGCAACCUCACUAAAAGCAUGACAGGGAAGUACAUCUGCAGAGCCAGCAACACCGCCGGCUCCGACAGCUGCUCCAUUAACCUGGAAGUUAUCACCUCUUCUAAUGCAGGCAUGAUUGCAGCGGCGACACUGGGCUCCAUAGUGGGACUGGUGGCCAUGGUGCUCUUCCUCAUAUUCAUACUGAGGAGGAGAAGGGACACUGAGGAGGAGAUGGCCAACGAGAUCAAGGAGGACGCUCAGGCACCAAAGCGAGUGUCAUGGGCAAAGAGUAACACAGGCUCAGACAUCAUAUCCAAGAAUGGCACGCUGUCCUCCAUAGCCACCAGUCCGCGGCCCCGAGACCCCCACCAGCCGAACUACCACUACCCAUACUCCCCCACAUCAACUUCAGACACCGGCUCGGUGAUCAACGCCUACCAGCUGCGACCUGGAGAAGCCAACCCGCUACAGGGACUUCCCGGUUACAACAGCGGAGGCACCCCGCUACGCAAACAAAAGCGACCUCCCUGUACAAACGGGGGACCCCCGCAGCUUCUACGGAGCCCCGUAGUCGCCGUGCCCAACAGGACUGAAGGGGCUCAGCCUCAGGUGCCAGCUCCACUCACUGUGUCCCCACAAAUGAGCUGCUCCACUCUGACACGCAUGGGAGCUGUAGCCGUCAUGGUGCCUGCUCAGAGCCAAGCCGGCUCCCUGGUGUAGGCCGGCAGGAGGACUGUGGUGACGGAUGGAGAGAAAGUUUGCCUUGAAAAAAAUUAAAAUAAGCACUUUCUCCAUAAAGACCUGAAAGGUUGAGAGAGAAGAAAACGUCUCGCAGGUCCCUUCGCUUUGUUCAUUUCCGUUUUUGUAAGAAAUAUAUUUUUAUUUACACUCUUGUAAAGAGAUCUUUAAGAUGAUAGCGUUAGGGUUUUUAUUAGAAGGUGUACAUAAGACGGCAUUGAUUUCAAGAGUUGUGUUGACUUAGUACAGUGUCUGGAUACUGUAAAGCGUAAACAGUUCAGUUGGCUUAGUUCUUUCUUAGUUCAGUUCCUGCUAAAUAUUUUGGCUACAUUUGUAUAAUAACUAUGUACAAAUGUGUACGAUUGAAUUUCUAUGGCUGUGUAAGGAUCACUUUUCAGUCACUUCUCUCAGGCUAACGGCACUAGUUCAAAAUCACAAUUCAGGUAUUUCAAAUGUAUCGUUCUCGCUCUCUUUGACCCACAUGUACGUGUUAUGUGUUCACGUAAGGGUUCUUUUAUUUAACCUACUGUGACAUUAUCAGUAUGGUUCCAUGACACUGAUGUCUGCUGGGAGGACAUUUCCAAGUAUUUGCCUGUUCAGGUAGUUGGAAUGUAACCAAAGUAGUGAGUACACCACGUUGAAGUUAAUGGUUUCUUACUAUUUUUGUUCAAAGGUGCUUGGGAUGACUUGAUAUAAUUACUGUAAAACAUACGAGGCCAUUAGUCGACGAGAUGAUAUAGGACCAAACUUCCGGCUGCUGGUCUUGUUUGUUUUCUUGUAAGUAUACUGAACUCUGGAAACGAUGAGGCAGUGAGGUAUUGAUGCUGAAAGGCUACAUGUAGCACUUUUAAUGCAGUUUUGAUUGUUGAUCAUUUUUUCAAUAAAGUGUUCUGAAAUGUU